GAUGCCAUGGUCUCUACGACAUCCAACAUAGCGUUCGGCAACGCAUACAAGAGCGUCCAAGCUAACAACAUCAACGGCUCUGUCCACAUUGGACUUGAGAAUACACUCGACCGUCUCCCGCGUGCCGAAGAUGCGCCCUUCAACUCGUACGCUAAGCAGCACGAGCCUACAUGCCUCCCUGACACGCGCGUCGACCUGCUACAAGAGAUAUACAGCUGGGCGGACGGGCAAGACGAGCGGUGCAUCUUCUGGCUGAGCGGCCUGGCAGGCACAGGCAAGUCGACAAUCGCGCGGACGGUGGCACGCAGCUACUACGACAAGCAGCGUCUGGCAGCCAGCUUCUUCUUCUCGCGCGGCGGCGGCGACGUCGGCCACGCAGGCAAGUUCGUGACGAGCCUUGCGGUGCAGCUUGCGCGCAACGUGCCAGCAUUAAAGCGGCGCAUUAGCGACGCAGUUGUAGAGCGCGACGACAUUGCUAGCCAGUCUCUGCGCGACCAGUGGCAUCACCUUGUCCUCGGGCCGUUGUCGAAGCUUGGCGACAGCAGCUAUCCAGCCUCGCUCGUUCUGGUUGUGGACGCGCUUGAUGAGUGCGAUAGCAACGACAAUAUCCGCAUUAUUGUGCAGCUGCUGGCUGAGGUGCGGCCGUCAUUGACAGGCGCCCGACUGCGGGUGUUGCUGACAAGCAGGCCAGAGGUGCCGAUCCGGCACGGGUUUAAGACGAUAGCGGACUCGAAGCACAAGGACGUUAUCCUGCACAACAUCUCGCCGUUAAUCGUUAACCACGACAUAGCCACUUUCCUUAAGCAUCACUUUAAGAUUAUAGCAAGAGAAUGUUACCAGACUGAGGACUGGCCGGGUGUAGAGACUAUUGGACUGUUAGUGCAGAGUGCAAGCGGCUUGUUCAUCUGGGCUGCGACUGCAUGUCGCUUCAUCCAGGAAGGUGGACAAUUCGUUACUGACCGACUGCGUGCUGUUCUUAAGGACGGCUCCUCUAUAGACAGCAGCUCGGCAAAUGACAGCUCAUCUAGCGACUCUGGUAUAGAUGAGCACUUCGAGAUUCUGCCCGAACAGCGAUUAGACAGCAUAUACCUUACAGUGCUUAGGAACCCUGUUCGCAGAUACAGGAAACAGGAAAGGAAGAGAUGGUACACGCUGAUUAGAGAGACACUUGGGGCGAUUGUGCUUCUACAAUCGCCGCUUUCUACUUCUCCCCUAGCUCAGCUACUGCGUGUUCCUAUAGAGGAUGUGCAUCGAACGCUAUAUGAGCUAUACUCGAUUGUAGAUGUCCCACAAGACCCAAACUCGCCAGUGCGAUUGCAUCACCCUUCGUUCCGCGACUUUCUACUCAACAGGAAGAGAUGCAACGACAAUAGCUUCUGGGUAAAGAAGACCGGUAUGCACGAGAAGCUGGCAUCUCGCUGCCUGGAGCUCAUGUCGGCGCCAAGCGGUCUUCGACAAGACAUGUGCAACCUCUUAAACCCUGGAGCUUUACGGGGAGAGAUCGACGAAAAGACAGUUGAUCGCAACCUGCCACCUGAGCUGCAGUACGCGUGCCGCUACUGGGUCGGUCAUCUCGAGUGCAGCGGGCGCAGUGUUGAAGACGGAGACGCCACGCACUGCUUCCUUGAGAAACACCUUCUUCACUGGCUGGAGGCUAUGAGUCUGCUCAACGAAACGAGUCUAUGCGUGCGACUACUAGCCAGGCUACAGGCGCUAGCGACGCCGUCUAAUAGUACCGUUGCGAAGUUUCUCUAUGAUGCCGUCCGAUUUGUGCUGCGAUUUGUACCAAUACUGGCUAAGGCUCCCCUCCAGAUAUAUUCUUCAGCUCUUCUCUUCUCGCCCGAGUCGAGCAUUGUGCGAAAGGUGUUUGUUGAACAGGUACCACAGGCAGUGAGAGUGAUUUCUGGGAGAGACGUAGAGUGGGACGCAUGCCGGAGUGUGUUGGAGGGCCACUCACGAGAGGUCAACGCGGUGGUGUUCUCGCCAGACGGGCAGCUGGUCGCCUCAGCAUCCUACGACAGCACAGUGCGGAUGUGGGAGACAGCGACGGGCACGUGUCGUAGCGUGCUAGAGGGCCAUUCAAACUAUGUCAGGGCGGUGGUGUUCUCGCCAGAUGGGCAGCUAGUCGCCUCAGCAUCCGACGACAGCACAGUGCGGGUGUGGGAGACAGCCACAGGCCACUGUCGCAGCGUGCUAGAGGACCAUUCAGGUCAGGUCGUGGCGGUGGUGCUCUCGUCAGAUGGCCGG